UCUCCAGGCAACCGGACUCCAAACAGCGCGCCGGCCCUUGCUCCGGCCUUGGGCAGCGCGGAGGGCGACCGGCCGGGUUCGGGCAGCAACACCAGCCCGAGGCGGCGGGCGGGACCGGGGCAGCCAUGGCGCUACCGCUCCUGCCCGGGAACUCCUUCAACAGGAAUCUAGGGAAAGAAAAGUUCCAUAAAUCUCAACACUGGAGUUACUGCAAUAAGGUUUCUAUGUUGGUGGGAGAAGACAAACCUGGAAUAGGAGGCGAACCUUUGCCCGGACAAAAGCUGAAACCAAAGUACAGUGUGUUUCCUAGAGGGGUUGGAUGUGAUGCGCCUUCGUGGGUAGCAUUUGAUAAACAGGUAUUGUCUUUUGAUGCUUAUUUUGAUGAAGAAGUUCCUGACAAAAAUCAAGAGCUGUACAGAAUAAGACAUUGUAAAAUAUAUUUUUAUCUGGAAGAUGACACAAUUCAGGUGGUUGAGCCCCAAGUGAAGAACAGUGGAAUUCCACAAGGAACAAUUCUUCGGCGUCAUCGGGUUCCACUUCCGCCUCCUAAUGAAGAUCAGUUCUAUACUAUAGAUAAUUUCAACAUCGAUACAGAUCUAAUCUUUUAUGGUCGAAGAUAUAGGAUUAUAGACUGUGAUCAAUUCACCAAAAACUUUUUGAGGAAAAUGGGAGUCAGAUUGAACUGUCCAGUAAACUGUCCAGAUGAUCCCUAUACCAAAGAACGUCAGAAGUUGAUAGAUAGUAUGAAACCUUUACGUCCAUAUGAGCGCUUUGAUACACUUCAACAAUUUCUGGAGCAUGACGGACACGUUUUACGUUUUUAUGGCGUUUGGGAUGACACUGAAAGCAUGUUUGGGGAUGUCCGAGAAGUGGUGCUACAUUAUUUUUUGGCCGAUGACACCAUUGAAAUAAAAGAAGUGAUACCACUGAAUUCAGGUCGGGAUGCCGUGCCUUUAUUCCUCAAUAGGAAGAAGCUACCCAAGUAUGGUCCAAUUGGACUGUACCAGCCUGGUACAAUCACAGAUCGGACAGUCCUGAAUGUGUUUGGAGGAUUAGUAGGAAAUAAAGGCCGUUAUAUUCUGGACAAUCGUAAGACAGGAGCAGUGCACCAGGAAUUUUAUAAAGACUCUGACCUGAGCAUAGGGUCAGUAAUCAAUGUUUGGGGAAGAAAGAUAGUUCUCUGUGAUUGUGAUGAAUUCACCAAAGAAUAUUAUAGGACAAAGUAUGGAGUCAAGGACUUUACUCCAAUUCCGUACAAGGCGCCACCUCCUCCGAAAGUAGAAAGAAAGUUUCCACCGUAUCAUGGAUUUGGCUCUGAAGAGGACUCCCUUUGCUCCUGCUCGGGCUUGCUUCCCAAACCACCCCAAAAAGACUUCAAGAAAUUCAUGGAAAAGGACAGGAAAGGCCUCGAAAGUAAUAUACUGCGAUUUCUUGCACAAUUUAUUACUACUGAUCCCAUUGACAAAGACCGGAAGUUCAUUGUUUCUUAUUACCUGAGUGAUGACACCAUUCAAGUGUUUGAGCCUCCCCAGCGAAAUACAGGGAUAGUUGGUGGGAAAUUCCUGGAAAGAGGUCGUGUUAAGAAGCCUGGGCAAGAGCAAUUCAAGGCUGAACUGUCUGAGUACUACACAGCAAAGGAUCUGUAUGUCGGAGCUAAAGUGUGUUUCCAUGGACACGUCUUUCUUUUGGUGGAUGCUGAUGAGUAUGCUUUCAACUACAUGGAGAAACAUGCAAAUGAGUUUCCUGUCUCCGAUAUCUGCGUAAUUUUGGACAAACUGAAGGCAAUAGGAGAACCUCGAUCAAGAGAGAUUAAGCAGAUUUUUGCAGCUUCUGAUCCUCAACACACCACCACGAUUGAUUAUGAUGAAUUUAGAAAUUUGCUGUUGAAUAUCUCAGAUAGAAAUUUAUCAGAACAUGAAAUUAUGACCCUUGGGCGAUACUAUAGCUUGAGAGAUAAGAAUGAAAUGGAUACCACCUAUCUUUUAGCAGUGGCCCAGGAACAACUUAAGAAAAAUAGCUUUGAGAAUUUUGGUCAAGUUUUGGCAGUGCUUGCGUAUAACGACCGGAGCAAAUGCGGACUGCUGGCCAGCGACAAGUGCAGGACUAUAUGCAAGUCCUUCAGGCUACCGGUAGCAGAUGAUCUUUUGCGAGCAAUAUUGGCUGCGUGUGAAGAUUGCAAAGAGCAGGUAAAUUAUAAGAAACUAGUCGAUGGGCUAAACUGGAGAGAUCACCCAAUUCCAGUUUUCCAAACCAUCUUGAUGCCUUUACAGUAUGAAGAUGAAUAUAGAGGGGAGCCACCGACCCUUCCAGUGAAGAAGAUUCAAUACUUACCUCUCAUGGUGGAUCUCUUUGGUAAUGAAGAGUCUUAGCACCUCUUGCAGAUAAAUGUUGCAACUUCCUUUCUCUAGGGACUUACUGUACAUGCUUUUUUAAAUAAAAGAAUCAUAGUUAUAGAUUUUUGGGGAAAUGUAAGUUUGUUUGUUUUUUACUUUAUUGUAGAAAUAUAAUUCAGAUACUUUUGUAAUUCUUUCAAACUUCAACAGACUGUACUGUACAUGCACUUUCACAAUUAAAAUCAUUUAAAUU